AUGAUCCAGAGGGCCUAUGGGCAGAUCCAGGACAGGCAGGCGGGCCAGUGGGUACUGUGGGCACAGUGGGACGCCUUUGACUUCACGGUCUCCAACUUUGUGGACAACCUAUAUGGCUAUCCAGAGGGCAAAGAUGUGCUGCGGGAAACUAUCAAGUUUAUGUACACAGACUGGGCCGACCGGGACAAUGGCGAGAUGCGGCGCAAGACCCUGCUGGCCCUCUUUACUGACCACCAGUGGGUGGCACCAGCUGUGGCCACCGCCAAGCUGCAUGCUGACUACCAGUCCCCUGUCUACUUUUACACCUUCUACCACCACUGCCAGGCUGAGGGCCGGCCUGAGUGGGCAGACGCAGCACACGGGGAUGAGCUACCCUAUGUCUUUGGUGUGCCCAUGGUGGGUGCCACCGACCUCUUCCCCUGCAACUUCUCCAAGAAUGAUGUCAUGCUCAGCGCCGUGGUCAUGACCUACUGGACCAACUUCGCCAAGACUGGCGACCCCAACCAGCCGGUGCCGCAGGACACCAAGUUCAUCCACACCAAGCCCAACCGCUUUGAGGAGGUGGUAUGGAGCAAGUUCAACAGCAAAGAGAAGCAGUACCUGCACAUUGGCCUGAAGCCUCGUGUGCGUGACAACUACCGCGCCAACAAGGUGGCCUUCUGGCUGGAGCUCGUGCCCCACCUGCACAACCUGCACACAGAGCUCUUCACCACCACCACGCGCCUGCCUCCCUACGCCACGCGCUGGCCGCCUCGCCCACCCCCUGGCGCCCCAGGCACACGCCGGCCCCCACCGCCCGCCACCCUGCCACCUGAGCCCGAGCCCGAGCCAGGCCCCAGGGCCUACGACCGCUUCCCCGGGGACUCACGGGACUACUCCACGGAGCUAAGUGUCACUGUGGCCGUGGGCGCCUCCCUCCUCUUCCUCAACAUCCUCGCCUUUGCUGCCCUCUACUAUAAGCGGGACCGGCGGCAGGAGCUGCGGUGCAGGCGGCUCAGCCCACCCGGCGGCUCAGGCUCUGGUGUGCCUGGUGGAGGCCCUCUGCUUCCCACUGCGGGCCGUGAGCUGCCCCCAGAGGAGGAGCUGGUAUCACUGCAGCUGAAGCGGGGCGGUGGCGUGGGGGCAGACCCUGCUGAGGCCCUGCGCCCCGCCUGCCCACCCGACUACACCCUGGCCCUGCGCCGGGCACCGGACGAUGUGCCUCUCUUGGCCCCUGGGGCCCUGACCCUGCUGCCCAGUGGCCUGGGGCCUCCACCACCACCACCACCCCCGUCCCUCCAUCCCUUUGGGCCCUUUCCCCCACCUCCUGCCACUGCUCCCAGCCACAACAACACGCUACCGCACCCCCACUCCACUACUCGGGUAUAGGGGGCGGCCUGGGGAGGCCCUCCUCCCCAGCCCUCCCGGCAAGUCCGGUGGGAAGUGCCACUUGAAGGGAGGGAGGAGGACUUGGCAGCAGGCUUUUCUCGCGUGGAGCUGUCACACAUCAAGGAGCGUUAGGUGGACACAGGUUUCCUCACCAGGAUGUGUGCUUUUCCCACAUGGAGAAGCCCAUUCUCUUCUCCGGACCUGGGCCUUCGAACAACUGGGGGUGUUUUUUUUCCUCCAUUGGGACACCAGUCUUCAGUGUGCAGAAACGUGGAAGUAUUUUCCCACGUGGAGGUGUGCUUUCUCAUGAGGGGGUGUGUUUUCCCAUGUGCAGGGUGAGGUUUUUUUUUGCCGCCCUGGACACAUGUUGGCCCCCUCAAAGAAUUUCUGCGGGGAUUUGUACCCCAGAAUCCUGUUCCCUCAUGCCUUCUCCCACCUCCUCCCCUCCCCACCUCUUGGAGACCCUGGAAGUGGUAUGUUCAUGCACAGUGACCCUUGCCCACCAGAAAACACAGGGUGGUGCCUGGGAAGUGGGCAAGGAAAUCACAGCACCCUCAGCCCUGCCCCACACCCUCCUAUGCUCCAGCAAAGCAUGUUUGUCCCCCAUGGCACAAGUCAGAUGAAGCAUGUUCUCCUGGGUAGGCCUUGCCUUCCACAGAUGACUGAUACAGAUUCCCUGCCUGGGGGAUGGGAGGAGAUCCGUGCAUCCCUGUGCUGCCUGGGAAUUUGUUUUCCCAUGGGUCCAGGACACAUUUCUCUGAGUGGAAACAUGUUCUUGCAUGUGGAUGUGUGUUUUCCCAUGCAGAGGGUCCUUUUCUCUCCAGCCUCUUCCCUUCAUCCCCCAGGCCUCAGGCCCAGCACUUAAUUCCUCUGCACACAGCAGGUGGGAACAGACUUCCAGUCAGCAAAAGCUGAGGAGGCUGUACAAAUAGUGGGAAGGAGAGCUCUGCCCCUCCCUCCCCCAGAGCUGCUGAGUUUGGUAGGGAGGUGACACCUGCCACCCACAGAGGCCAUGCAUGUUUUUGACCAAAGUCCUCAUUGGGCUCUGAGGGCAGCCUUUCCCUCAGUCCUCAGACCAUUGCUCAUCUGUGCCAAACUGGGUAGGUGGGUUUGAGAGGAAGACCCCCAAAAUGUGCCAAGGAUUCCCAAGUCCCAGGCCAGGGCAGAUAAACUUGGGGGCAGGUGGGACAGAGUAGAAGUCAAGUGGGAGCCAAAGGGGUCCUGCCUGUGUCUCUCCUCUCCCCGCCAUGUCUCUGCCCUCCCUCUCUGCCUCAGAAUCACAUUCCUCCAUCUCUGUCUCCCACUUUGAAGCCUUCCUGUCUCAGUGUCAGACCAGCUGCUCCCUCAGCUGCCCACCCCCGUCUUCCAUGGGACCCGGGGCUGAGGGAAUGGAGGGGGUGGGGGAGGGGGAGAGCAGGGGAGAAAGGUUUCACGGACAGGCCAGGGAGAGAAUGAGGUUAGCUGUGCAGAGGAAGAGAUGGAGGGGGCAGUGGGGGUCAGGGCUGGAGCGGACUCCAGCAGGAAGAGUUUGAAAGGACUUGUAUGAGGUGCCUGGAGAGCACCCACCUGAGGAGAAAGGGUUUGGGCCUCUGGGGAAAAAAAUGAUGUCAGGAAGGAUUUUAAGGGACACCAUUGGCGAAGGAGAGAAUCUUCAUCUGCUGGCAUUUUGUGGGUUUGUUAGUGUCAAGCUUAGUAGGGGGUGGGGUGUUGUCUUCCACUGACACCCAAAUCCAGAAUCCCUGGUCUUGGCUUCCCAGAACUUUGCCGCCUCACUGUCCCUUCUCCCAUCUCCACUCAUGGAAACUUAGUUCUUUUCUGCCACCUUCCCCUGCCUGGUCUAGCUCUUCUCCAAACAGCCAUGUCCUUUAAAUGCUAGGGACCUGAGCCCUAAAACCUGUGGGCAGAUGCCCCCUGAAUUGGGGCAUGGGAGGGGGGCUGGGGGACCCCAUGAUUCAGCCACGGACUCCAAUGCCCAGCCCCUGUCCUCAGAACAACUCCCUGACAAUCCCAUGUCCCCACCCCAACCCUUUGCGGCUCUGUACACAUUUUUAAACCUGGCAAAAGAUGAAGAGAAUAUUGUAAAUAUAAAAGUUUAACUGUU